AUGCCCGUCUAUAUGCUUCACGGAUUCCGGUGGCCCCGAGAAGGCUUUACAGGGAUUCGUGUGUACAUCGUGCUACACAAUCUAGAAGAAGCCGCCGCCGAAUACCUCCAACAGCCAUUGACAACAGAGCUGGUACUAGAAUCGCUCAAGCGGACACAAUCGGACCUCAUGCCUCGGCUACCAGAGCUACGCUUUAUCGAGUACUACGAUCCCGCCGACGAGUCCAGCACCACCGUUUCUCAGCCCUUUGCUUAUGUCAGUACCAAGGUCGUGACAAUUCCUGACGGCAGUACGCCCGAGGGCGCAGGGCCAGACAUGAAUAUUGAGGACGUGGUCGAACAGGGCUCUGGCAUGACGGACGACGCGACGGAGGCGCUAGAGGCGUUGCGCGAUCGUCUUGCGCCCGGGGAACAUAUUGGCUGGUUUAUGGUUUAUAAUGGGGAUCCUGAUAGGUGGUAUCCUGAUUCUGAACUGGAUGACGACGACGAGAGCUAUGUGGCCGAGAGUGAACAGAGCGCCACCGAGCCUGGGACUCCUGCGACACCGGCGUCACCAGCGACUCCGGUGAGCUAUACGGUAUGGUUGACCUAUGGCAUUCUCUUCAAGGCGCGAUUGACAAGUCUUUUCAAUCGCAUGGGCACGACCACUUCAUAA